ACAGAAGUAGUUAGUCAAAAGCGUUUAACCAUUUAUGGCAUGUUAAAACGUGAAUGGUGCAGGGGUCGUGAAGUUGCGCUGUUUAUUAUUUGUACCACAGGUUUAGUUAAAUUAAAGUUUACUGUUCUUUGAUUUUGUAUUAUUAUUAAUGGAUCCACUAAGUAGGCAGUUAAUUAAACAAAAUGAACAAUUAAUCAAACGUCUAGAUAUUCAUGUCUUAAGACCACAUUUGAAGAACUCCAGAAUUUUCACUACUUCUAUGUUGAGAGAUAUUUAUGAUUCUGAUUCAGAUUGUGAUUUGUUUAGUGAAUUACCAUCUCGUGGACCCCAUGCAUUCUCCCGAUUUUUAGAAGUACUGAACAAAGCCGGAUGUAAAACUGAAGCAAUUAAUCUGAUGAAUGGCAAUGACCCUAAUUAUGCCGAAUCUGAAUUUGGAUCUGUAUUUUAUCCAAUGAAAUCUAAUCCUUUAGGAUAUUGCCUCAUAAUAAACAAUAUAAAUUUUUAUAGAAAUGGUGUGGAAGUCAUAGAAAAAAGAAGAGAAGGAUCUCGUGUAGAUGCUAAAAGAUUACGAGAUUUUUUCGAAAAAAAUAAAUACAUAGUCGAAAAGCAAACAAAUUUAAGAUGUGAAAAAAUGAAAGAAAACAUGGAGAAGUUAGCAAAAUCGGAUGUUUUAAAAAUAGUUGAUUGCUGCUUUAUUAUAAUACUAUCGCAUGGUUAUUAUAACAAUGUUAUUCACGAUACUCAUUUUUGUGAACUUCGUAAACAAGAAGUUUGUGAUAUUUUUAAUAACAUAAACUGCGAAAACCUGAGAGGAAAACCCAAAAUAAUUUUAUUUCAAGCUUGCAGAGGGAGAAAGAGAGAUGAUGGCGUAUUUGAUGAAAAUUCUGAUUCUCUCACUUUAUCUGAACCAGAUCUCGAUUUUUCAACUGAAUGCACUGAUGCAUCAUUAAAUAUUAAUGUAUCAGCAGUAACAAAUAGUUCCAAAUAUCCUAAAUUAAGUGAUAUGCUUAUAAUACAUGCGUGUUUACCAGACCAUGUAAGUUACUUAGAUAAUUUUGAUGGUAGCUGGUUAAUUCAAGAUCUCUUAUCUGUGUUCAAGGAAAACUUCUUAGUCCAAGAUAUUGGAAGUAUGCUUACUGCUGUAAGCAGAAAAAUGCAUGACAGAUUAUCCCUUAGGGGUCAUAAAAAGCAAGUUCUUCAUGUUGAAUAUUUUGGUUUUAGAGCUUUAUUUCACAUCUGUAGUAACGAUGACUACGAAGGUCCAAAUAAAAAAUUUAUACGAUACUUACCGUAGAAUUCAAAUGUGACGUAAAAACAAUCUAAUUAAUUAUUUGUGUUUAAAGGUGUGUGCUAAAUAUUUUAAUGAAAUGAUUUGAGUAAACUUGAUUGCGUUAUACUAUCUGCUUUUUGGAAAAACAUAAUCAAUCUGUUAAGACAAUAAUUAUUUAAUUCUAAUUAAUUAUGCAUCUAUUUGUUAUAUUAAUAAAAAUCAUACUUUUUAGCAUUCAUUUGAUAAAAUAUUGUUAUAAUCUUAUUUAUAUAUUUAUUCUAUAUUUAAAUAUACUAUUUAUAUAUAUUUUUGUAAAACUUAUAUUAAAGGUUUAUAUAUAAAAUUUAUAAACCUUUUUAAAAGGUGUAAUUGUUAUAUGUAUGAUAUAUUUAUUUAAUAAUUGUAUUAAAUUGUUCCUUUUUAUAGAAUGUUUACUAAAGAAAAUUCUUCAAGGAAUAAAAUGUCUUGACUUUUCUUUAUAAAACUUGUUUCAUUUUGUUGUUCUGUACAAGUAUAUUUUAUUAAAAAUUUAUUUGUUUUACAAAUAGUUGUUUUUGUGAAAUUCACUGAACUAUCAAUUAACAUGUUCUCUAACUAAAGUUUUCAAAUAAAUAUUUAUUCAAAUUAA